AUGAUCCCGGAGAAACAGAUUCCGACUACCGCAUUUGUGGUUGAGAGACCAGGUGCACCAUUCACCCUCCAGAAUAUCAUUCUGGAUGAGGUCCGGGCAAAUGAAGUCUUGAUCGAAAUGAAGUAUACGGGCCUGUGCCACACAGUAUGCAUUCAUAAUUUGCAACGGAAUACACACGAUGUCACGCUAAUGGAAGACCUACAGGAUAUCGUUGUCCAACAAGGAGCCAUUCCCGUUGGUGACUAUCCCGCCGUUUUGGGCCAUGAGGGUGCUGGAAUUGUGCGCCGUGUUGGCAGUGGUGUCGAAAACACGUCUCUCCGGGAAGGCGACCUAGUCUUUCUAAGCUUCAGCUCCUGUCAUAGGGAUAUUUGCAACCCUUGCCGUGAAGGCCGGAAUGGAUUCUGUCGUGAUAUGACAGUUAUCAACUUUGCCGGUGCUCGAGGUGUCAGCGCUGCUGACUCGCCCAUUUCUUUUCCCGGAGAAAAAGGCCUACCAAUUCGGGGCCAAUUUUUCGGCCAGUCCUCCUUGAGCAAACUGGCUAUUGUAAGCGAGCAUUCAGUUAUCAAGUGUUCACCUGAAUCAGGGAUUACUGUUGCUGAUAUGGCAGCCCUGGCCCCGCUUGGUUGCGGAUAUCUCACUGGUGCUGGUACUGUCUUCAACGUCCUCAAGCCCCAGCCAAAGAGCACCUUCGUUGUUCUUGGUAUGGGCGCUGUCGGGAUGGCCGCGAUGCUAGCUGCACAGUCUAGAGGGGUUGAAACAAUUAUCGCAGUUGAUAUGUUGGAGGCGAAGCUGGAACUCGCCAAGUCUUUAGGUGCAUCACAUGUUUUGAGCACGAAGGUUAUCACCGAUCUUACGGAAGGGCUACUCAAAAUCUUCCCCGACGGCGUUGACUACGUUCUUGACACGACAGGUGUGGACCAUCUGCUCGAAUCUGCGGUUAAAGCCUUAGGCCAUGAAGGUACUUUGGCUAUUGUGGGUGUUUCUCGCCCUGGGUCUAUUCUUAAAAUUGAUCCACUUGCUCUCAUGAUGGGCUGCAAACGGAUCGUGGGUGUAAUUGAAGGCGGUGCAAAUCCUGUUUCGCUUCUGCCAAUGUUGAUAGAUCUCUAUAAGCAGGGAAAAUUCCCCGUCGACAAGCUUGCCAAGGUAUAUGCGCCGGAUUCGUUUGAGCAAGCUAUGGAGGAUUUGCGCUCUGGCAGAGUUAUUAAGCCCGUUAUUAGAUGGGAGAAUGUUUGA